GGUGCAGCGCAACUCGGCAAGGGACUCUUUAUGAGCACACACACUAUGGCUCUCCAGGGCAACGUAGCGAUCUUGACGCGCCUGCAGGACACAGUGGACGCUGUGCAGCAGCUGAAGCAGGCCAACGCGCAGGUGGCGGACGUGACGGUGCUCUCAGUGGCGGCGGGCUCCGACGUCGCCCAGACGGUGGCCAGCAGCUCCGCUAAGGAGGGCGCCUUCGACGUCGUCGUGUCGUUCAACGAGCAGGUCGAGCAGCUGGGCGCCGAGCUGGCCGUGGUGCUGCCACUCCUUAAGGACGGCGGCGCGCUGCAGCUGCACGUGGCCAACGUGCAGGAGGAGAAGAAGAACGCCGUCCUCAUGGCGCUGAUGAUCGCCGGACUCGUGGACACGACGGACAAGCAGGAGGCCAGCCCGUUCUACCCGGAGUUCACGGGCGCCGCGAGCUUCUCGUCCAAGAAGCAGUCGUUCGAGAGCGCCGCCAUCCCGCUGGCCAAGACCGCGCAGCCCAUCAAGAAGUGGACUGUGCUUGCCGACGACUUCGGUGGCGAUGAUGCGCAGGACGACGACAUCAUUGACGAGGACACGCUGCUGGACGACACGGACGAGGUCCUGCAGGCUGCCAAGGCCGACUGUGGCGAGAAGGUCGGCGGAAAGAAGCGCGCGUGCAAGAACUGCACCUGCGGUCUCAAGGACGAGGAGGAUAAGCCCGUCAUGUCGGAGAAGGACCUCAACCAGCUCGUGUCGGGCUGUGGAAACUGCUACAAGGGCGACGCCUUCCGAUGCGGCAGCUGCCCGUUCCUCGGCAAGCCUGCCUUCAAGCCGGGCAUGGAGAAAGUUCUGCUGAACCUCGACAACUCGGACGAUAUCUAAAUUGCUCACACUUCGAGCAAGUAGUAGGAGAUUGCCACGUGACUGGCUACCCAAGGUCUGAGCAAUCCUGCAGGAGCAGUCGAUCCAUUGUGGACGUGCUGGUACAGUAAAGACGCACCAAUACAGCCUGCUAAAAGGCACUGCAUUCACUUGUAC